AUGUCUUCAAUACCAAAGACAAUAGGCGAGUUCUCAGUGUUGCCACUGAGCAUACCGCCAUUACCGUCAUAUCCUCGCACCACCACUCACUAUGCCUACGUGCGACGACAUGCGCCCAACCAUCCCACACCCGACGACGAUCGCAGUCUCUUCGUGACAAAUGUCCCCGUGGACAGCACAGAACCUCAUUUCCGCGCGAUUAUCUCCACCCUUGCCGGCAAUGGCAGAUUCGAGUCCAUAUCAUUCGAGGCAGACAGGAGGGAAAAGCCAGUCUCCCUAGAGCCUGCCCAGGCCGCACGACUAGCCGCGAUCGCAUCACGGAAACGCAAGCGCGACGAGUCCGACUCCGAAGACGAGGAAGAGCAAGUCGCGCGGCUGCCCCCGACAUGGACACGCCAGCUGCACCGGAGUGGCAGCACGGCUGUCAUUGUCCUCGCCGACGAGAAGAGCGUAGACCUCGUCCUGAAGGCCAUCGCGAAAGUCCACAAAACCAAGAAAUAUCCUGUCUGGGGUGAGGGUGUUCAAGAGAAGGUCCCCCAACUGGGAGUCACAUGGAUCCAGGCGCACAACAAGCUGUCGUUCCCACCCACCGAAAUCCUCCAGCAGUCCGUGGACGCCUUCUUCGCCGUGUUCAACCGCAAGGAGAAGGAGGCCGCGGAGCUGGCUAAGAGGCUUCGCAACGAGCCCGACGAGGACGGCUUCGUCACGGUCACGAGGGGCGGCCGCUCGGCACCCGCGAGGAGGGACGAGGCCGAGGAGGCGCGCAAGAAGAUGCUGGAGCGCGAGCAGAAGAAGAAGGAGGAGCUGACCAAUUUCUACCGCUUCCAGCUGCGUGAGAAGAAGAAGGCAGAGCAGGCAGAGCUGAUCAAGAAGUUUGACGAGGACAGGAAGAAGGUCCAGGCCAUGAAGCAGAAGCGCGGGAAGUUCAGGCCGGAGUCUUGA